AGCUAAAAAAAUGUCUUCUGACCAGUCUCGACUUUUACUCCAAAAACAAUUAAAUGACCUUACAAAAAAUCCUGUUGAUGGUUUUAGUGCGGGUCUUGUCGAUGAAAGCAAUAUAUACAAAUGGCAAGUGUUCAUAAUGGGACCGCCUAGCUCGCCAUAUGAAGGCGGAAAUUUUCGUGCAGAGCUUAUCUUUCCAAAAGACUAUCCAUUAUGUCCACCUACAAUGCGGUUUAUUUCAAGAAUUCUUCAUCCUAAUAUAGACCGUGAGGGAAAUGUCUGCAUUUCUAUUUUGCAUGAGCCCGGAGACGAUAGAUUUGGAUAUGAAAAGGCAAGUGAACGUUGGUUGCCUGUACACACUGUUGAGACUAUUUUAAUUUCUGGUAAUGUUUUUCGGUUAUGUUGUUUCCCUCUCCCGCCAAAUUUCCACAAGGAAAUUUUGUGA